AUUUUUUACAAAUACUAUCAAUCAGGGAGGGAAACAAAUUGACAAUUAUUAAAUUAUAAUUUGGCAACUUUUGAAGCUAAUUUAAAAAAAUUAUCUCGGAACAGCAAAAUUUUGCGAGCGAAUAAUUCGCUAAAAAUAUGUCUAACACCGCCACUUCAGCAUCAUCUUCAUCCAAGUCCGAAUUUUUAGUCAAUGGUAAAUAUCGUUUGGUCAGAAAAAUCGGUAGUGGGUCGUUUGGGGACAUUUAUCUUGGAAUAAACAUAGCAAACGGAGAGGAAUUAGCUGUCAAAUUAGAAUCACAAAAAGCUCGUCAUCCCCAGCUGUUAUAUGAAAGUAAAUUGUACAAAAUUUUGCAAGGUGGAGUUGGCAUACCACACAUAAGAUGGUUUGGACAGGAAAAAGAAUACAAUGUUUUAGUUAUGGAUUUGUUGGGACCUUCUUUAGAGGACCUUUUCAAUUUUUGUGGCCGCCGAUUUAGUAUGAAAACUGUUCUCAUGUUAGCGGAUCAGAUGAUAGGUCGGAUCGAAUAUGUACACAACAAAAAUUUUAUACAUCGAGAUAUCAAACCAGACAACUUUCUCAUGGGAAUCGGAAGACAUUGCAAUAAGGUAUUCUUAAUAGAUUAUGGUCUGGCUAAAAAGUACAGGGACAAUCACACCAGACAACACAUACCUUAUCGCGAGGACAAAAAUCUCACUGGCACAGCAAGAUAUGCAAGCAUAAAUGCGCACCUGGGUAUCGAACAGAGUCGUCGGGAUGACAUGGAGUCCCUGGGCAAUGUACUCAUGUACUUCAACAGGGGUUCACUUCCCUGGCAGGGCCUUAAGGCUGGGACUAAGAAACAGAAAUAUGAGAAGAUUAGUGAGAAGAAAAUGUCUACACCAGUUGAAGUGCUUUGCAAGACCUUUCCGGCAGAGUUCGCCAUGUACUUGAAUUACUGCCGAGGCCUUCGAUUCGAAGAGGCACCGGACUACAUGUACCUCCGUCAGCUCUUCAGGAUUCUCUUCCGAACACUGAGCCACCAGUAUGACUACGUUUUCGACUGGACCAUCCUCAAGCAGAAGACAGCGGCUGGUGCUUCGAGGGCAGGUGGCAGCCAGCAAGGGCUUGCUGCAGCUGCUGCUGGCGGUGCAGGUUAAAGAAAAAGGCGCAAGAUUAAAAAAAUUAUUAACUCGUCGUUUAUUCUGUAAUAAUAAUAAUAAUAAUAAUAUUAUUAUUAUUCUUUUUUUUAUUAUCAUUAUUAUUAGUAUUAUUAUUGUUAUUAUCAUCAUCAUUAUUAUUAUUAAUGUUAUUUAUCAUCAUAUUUCCUUGUUAUUAUUUUUUAUUCUUAUUAGCGUGACAUAUCUAUACUUAUAUUUAUGUAUUUUAUUAUUUAACAAUAGUAAUAAUAGUAAUACUAAAAAGAAGAAUUAUUAUGUAGAUAUAU